AUGGAGUUGAACAUAUACGCAAGAAAAAUGGAAUCAAAGCGGUUCAGAUAUUCGGAAAAUGAUAUGCAUGAAGCUCUUUUGGCUGUUGAAAAUGGAAUGUCUAUCUAUUCAGCCGCGAAGGCUUUCAAAGUACCAAGAAUGACAUUAUCAGACAAAUUAAGAGGAAAAACACCCAUUAUAAGAAAAAUGGGACCUCCUUCCAUUUUAUCCAGCGAAGAGGAAAUGUUAUUGGAAAAAUGGAUCCUUCAUCUAGCAUCUCAAAUUAUACUGGAAGCCUUGGAAGGUGAGACAGCUGGUAUAAAGGUGAAUGGAGUCUUGAUCAACAACAUCAGAUAUGCUGACGAUACCGUAAUAAUAGCUGACUGUCUGAAGGAUUUAGAGAGAGUUAUGGACAAGAUAUUAAGAUGUAGCGGGAAGUACGGACUUUCUCUUAAUGUCAAAAAAACCAAGUUCAUGAAAAUCAGCAAGAACAAUGACACAAACGAAAUACUGCUGGUUGGGGGUCAGCAGGUCGAAAGAGUAAAAAGAUACACUUACUUAGGAACACUUAUAACAGAAAACAAUGACUAUACCGCAGAAAUAAAAACUAGAAUAGAAAAAGCUCGUUCCAACUUUAUAAGAAUGAAAAAAGUCCUGUGCAGCAAGGAUCUGACAUUGCAUCUCAAACUGCGAUUGGCAAAAUGCUAUGUACACAGUGUGCUCUAUUAUGGGGUGGAAGCAUGGACGCUAAAUGCAGAUGCAAUGAGGCGUCUUAACUCUUUCGAGAUGUGGACCUACCGAAGAAUUCUGAGAGUUUCGUGGAAGGAUCGUAUCACCAACAUCGAGGUGCUAAGAAGAAUCGGUAGAGAAAAAGAAGUUGAACGUACCAUCAAGGAGAGAAAGUUACAAUAUUUGGGACACAUAAUGCGAGGCGAGAAGUACAAUAUCUUACGAUUAAUAAUGCAGGGGAAAAUAGAAGCCCCAUCAAGAAGGGAAAGAAAGCGAAAGGCGGAGGCAGGGGGUGAAGAAGCUGGUCCUCCAAAGCGGGCCCGUUUGGAGGAGGAGAUUGAAGAAGCCUGUCCGCAAAAGCGGGCCAGAAUGGAGGAGGCGGGCCCAUCCCAAAGGCCCGCGGCCGCCUUUGUUCAACCCCCAUCAAAGCGAAAGGCGGAGACAAGGAUUGAACAAGCUGGUCCUUCAAAGCGGGCCCGUUUGGAGGAGGCGGGCCCUUCGACAGAGCCCGCUCGGGCCUUCCAAAACGAGACAAACGAGACAUGGGCGGAGGCGGAGGAUCCAGCCUCAAGAACAACAUGA